UUUUGACCAUCAUCAUCACCUUCGGCUUUCCGUUCAGAAUGUUCAAGUUCAACUUUGAUAUCGAGGAGGCUGACACCGAAGCCCUGAAUAAUCUGUCUUUGGACGAAAAGCCCAAUGCCGAUCAGAAGGACCAACCCGCUCCGCCGGAGCAGGCAGCUCUUGCGGCGUAUAGAUCGCACACUGUCGCACGAUUGUUGUUAGAUAAACUACCCGAGGUCAUCUCCUAUACGCCGACGGACAUCCCGCUUGCCUCUGGUCGGCGUCUCACCCUUGCGCGGCGUGAUCUCUUCGAUGCGCGCUAUCAGUUAAUUGCGGAGGCCGACGUUGCCCUACCGAAUGAAGUCCCUACCGGGGAGGACUCUGCGGCAAGUGGGACGCCUUCAGAUCCCACGCGUACACCCGCGUUUUUGGACGCGCCUUCGGACCUGGUACCCGGAUUAUACGAAGGCGGAUUGAAGACAUGGGAAUGCAGCCUGGACCUCGUCGACUACCUCGAUGGUCUGCAAGCGGGUGAGGGAACCAGCUCCGACGCGACCGCGAUCAGCGCCUGGGCAGGCAAGAGAGUUCUAGAGAUCGGUUGUGGGACAGCGAUCCCUUCACUCUAUCUGCUGCACGAAAUCUUCCAGGACGAACGUAGGCCAUCGGAGGCACCUCAUACGAAGAUUACGCUUCAGGACUACAACGCAUCUGUACUGGAGCUGAUUACCUUACCAAAUCUGCUCAUCGCCUGGUACUUAUCACCCGCAUCCGCGGCGUAUCGCGUCUCCCCAGACUUUUCUGCUUCGCAGGAAGUUCCUGAAACAACCACGGAAGAUUCUGUAGCUAAGAACGCCGACAAGGGUCUCUCGUCGAUCACUGAGGAUGAGGAGGCGGCCGAGUCGGAACUCCCCGUUUCGCCACCACCCGCGGACGCAUCCAUCGCGACUAAGCCGGACCCAACAAUCCCUGGCGAUAUCCACAUUACACCAACGCUCAAAGCAGCCUUUCUAAGCGCCCUCUCCGAGCGCAACAUCGAGAUCGAGCUGGUGUCCGGGAGCUGGGAGAACAUUCUGCGCGAGCGAUUCCAAGACUCCACCCUCGACUCGACAUACGACAUGGUCCUGACAUCGGAGACGAUCUAUCGCACGGAGUCGCUGGACGCGCUCAUUGGCAUCAUGCGAGCGGCAUGCCCCGCUGGUGCGCAGGCGACGAGCGCAGGAUCCCAAUCGGCGGAGGCCGGAUCGUCUGAAGCUGCCGCUGGUUCGUCAUCGGGUCCUGCCCGCGACAUCUCGCAGGGUUGUAAGCCGCUGUGUCUGGUCGCAGCAAAAGUGCUGUACUUCGGCGUCGGAGGCGGGGUGCCGGAUUUCGUGCGCGCCGUGGAGGAUGGCGGUCUUGGGCGCGUCGAGACGGUGCUGGAGCGCACGAAGGGAGUGGGGAGGAAGGUGCUGCGCGUGGACUGGAAGUAGGGCGGCUUGAUGCUACGGUGCACGACGCCGUCGAAGAAACUAUGAAAAGAAGUGUGGCGUUCACUGUGAUUCUUGACAAAUGUAUCCUCUCGUUUCGAACCACGCGCAUCCGACUGACGAUCAGGCUACGCAUUGUAGGAGGCGCCCUUGGGUAGUGACUAACGCAUACAUUUAGGUGACUAGCAGAAUACGUAGGAAAAAUAAAGGACAGGCAUAGUACAAUAAAUAAUCCAGACGGUGAGUAGCUGAUAAGGUAUUAAUAGGUAGACGUGAGGACAGAACGGAAUCCAGAAGACGAGAGAGAUGUGCAUAGAGGAUUGGAUACAGAUGCAAGGAGAUCGUGAAGCGGUCGUGUCGAGGGAAG